AUGGGGGGUUUCAAGCUCAGGAGAGGGACUGAAAGUCAUCAGAAAUUUCAGGUGGUACCUGUAGUAACUAGAAUAAAUGAGGUCAUUUGGGAGGGUCUGGACUUUAGGGAUGGACUUAAGUUAAUAGAAGGUGAGGAAGUGGAGUAUAGCAAGUUUAAACAAGCUGUUCAAGAGAUUCAGCUGGAAACAGGAAGAAGAAUAUAUUGUAGUAACUGCAGUAGUAACCUGGGGCUAAGAGGAGGUUUGCUUGCUUGUUUUAUGAUGAACAAAACACACUUACAUCUUAAAAAAAAAAAAGUGAAAAGCAAAACUCCAUGUUUGGGUAAAGACAAAGCAAAAGGACUAUUCACAUCCCUGAAUUAA